ACCGUCGUCUCCCCAUCAGCAGCUCUCCGGCAUCAAGGAAGCGAGCAGGCUUGCAUGAUAUAAGUGUAUUACUAGACGAACCCAACCCAUCAUCAGACCCUAGAAAGCCAUUCGCAGUCGAUCGAAAACACACAACAUCACCACCAUGGCUCCCGCGAACACCCUCUCGGCCUGGUCUGACCUCCAGUCGCACCACUCCAAGGUUGGCAAGACCUUUGUCCUCAAGGAUGCCUUCAAGUCCGAUCCCGAGCGCUUCUCCAAGUUCGCUCGUACCUUCACCCUCCCCGCCGACAUCUCGAGCGACAGCCCCAAUGCCACCGAAAUCCUCUUCGACUUCUCCAAGAACUUGGUGACAGAGGAGACCCUUGACAAGCUCGUCCGCCUCGCCGAAGAGGCCGGCGUUGAGAAGAAGCGCGAUGCCAUGUUCGCUGGCGAGAAGAUCAACUUUACCGAAGACCGUGCCGUCUAUCACGUCGCUCUUCGCAACGUCUCCAACCAAGAGAUGAAGGUCGACGGUGUUGAUGUCAUGAACACCAAGGGUGGCGUCAACGAGGUCCUCCAGCACAUGAAGGAGUUCUCGGAGCAGGUGCGCAGCGGCGAGUGGAAGGGUUACACCGGCAAGAAGCUCACCAACAUCAUCAACAUUGGUAUCGGCGGUUCCGACUUGGGUCCCGUCAUGGUCACUGAGGCCCUCAAGCAUUAUGGUGCCAAGGACAUGACCCUUCGCUUCGUCUCCAACGUUGACGGUACCCACAUCGCCGAGGCCCUCGCUGCCUCUGAUCCCGAGACCACCCUCUUCCUCAUCGCUUCCAAGACUUUCACCACCGCCGAGACCAUCACUAACGCCAACACCGCCAAGUCGUGGUUCCUCGAAAAGACCGGCGGUCAGGGCGAUAUCACCAAGCACUUUGUUGCUCUCUCCACCAACGAGGCCGAGGUCACCAAGUUCGGCAUCGACGCUAAGAACAUGUUCGGUUUCGAGAGCUGGGUGGGCGGUCGCUACUCGGUUUGGUCUGCCAUCGGCUUGUCUGUCGCCCUCUACGUUGGCUACGAGAACUUCCACAAGUUCCUCGCUGGUGCCCACGCCAUGGACAACCAUUUCCGCACCGCUCCUCUCAAGGAGAACAUCCCCGUGCUCGGCGGUAUCUUGAGUGUCUGGUACUCCAACUUCUAUAACGCCCAGACUCACCUCAUUGCUCCCUUCGACCAGUACCUCCACCGCUUCCCUGCCUACCUUCAGCAGCUGUCGAUGGAGUCCAAUGGCAAGUCCAUCACCUCGGACGGUUCCGCGGCCAAGUACACUACCGGCCCCAUCGUUUUCGGCGAGCCCUGCACCAACGCCCAGCACUCCUUCUUCCAGCUUGUCCACCAGGGCACCAAGCUGAUCCCCGCCGACUUCAUCCUCGCCGCCAAGUCUCACAACCCCAUCUCCAACAACCUUCACCAGAAGAUGCUGGCGUCCAACUACCUCGCUCAGGCCGAGGCCCUCAUGGUCGGCAAGACCGCCGAAGAGGUCCGCGCUGAGGGUAAUGUGCCCGAGCACCUCGUUCCUCACAAGGUCUUCCUCGGCAACAGGCCCACCACCAGCAUCCUUGUCGGCGGCCACAUUGGUCCCGCCGAGCUCGGUGCCCUCAUCGUCUACUACGAGCACCUCACUUUCACUGAGGGUGCCAUCUGGGAUAUCAACUCGUUCGACCAGUGGGGUGUCGAGCUCGGAAAGGUGUUGGCCAAGAAGAUCCUCAAGGAGAUUGACGAGCCUGGUGCGGGCAGUGGGCACGACGCUUCUACCGGCGGUCUCUUGGGUGCGUUCAAGAAGUAUGCUGACUUUUGAAGGUCAAGGGGGGCGUUGCCGCGGCUUUGAGAUUUUAAAAGGGCCGGCUUUAUAUAAAAUCAAGAGGGAGGGAUGACUGCUUGGAUGAACAUGAUGUGAUGAUCUACUUAUUACCUGAAUAAAAAGAAAUUUUGUGAUUGAA